CAUUCGAAUUGUGUAAAAUACAAGUUUUCUACCGAUAAAAGUAAAUUACAAGUUCUAAGUGCGUACCACGGCCGCAUCCUUUUGGUAUUGCCCUGUGAGAGACAUAGUCAGCAUUUUAUCAUAUAUGUUUAUUCAUAUCGGAGCUUAUUACUAUUCAAUAUAAUCUAUUGAUCUUAGAAGAAUUAUACGAUAUAUCACAUCCACCAUGACUACAUCAUCGGAAGAUGUUUUAAUGCAAGUGGGACAAGUACGUUAUAAGAAGGGAGAUGGUACAUUAUAUGUUAUGAAUGAACGAAUAGCUUGGAUGCUCGAUAAUAGGGAUACUGUAUCUGUCAGUCACAAAUAUGCUGACAUUAAAUUACAAAAGAUAUCACCUGAAGGAAAAUCAAAAAUACAGUUACAAGUGGUUCUACAUGAUGGAUCCUCGUCUACGUUUCAUUUUGUAAAUCGUAAUGGACAAGAAGCACAAAUUAAGGAUCGAGAUGAUGUCAAAGAAUUACUUCAGCAACUAUUACCAAAAUUUAAAAGAAAAGUAAACAAAGAAUUAGAAGAAAAAAACAGAAUGUUACAAGAAAAUCCUGUCUUGUUACAAUUAUAUCGUGAUUUAGUAAUACCGCAAGUUAUUACUUCUGAAGAAUUUUGGACUCAACACGCUGCAGAAUACACACGUGCUAAGAAAGUUCAACGUCAAGAGAUAGGUGUCAAUGGUGCUUUUUUAGCUGAUAUUAAACCACAGACCGAUGGUUGUAAUGGACUGAAAUAUAAUCUAACCAUAGACGUUAUAGAAUGUAUAUUUAAAACUUAUCCAGCAGUCAAAAGAAAACAUCAAGAAAAUGUACCUCAUAAAAUGACGGAAGCAGAUUUUUGGACAAAAUUCUUUCAGUCUCAUUAUUUUCAUCGGGAUCGUAUCAAUGCAGGGACCAAGGAUCUAUUUACCGAAUGUGCCAAGAUAGAUGAUCAAGAACUUAAAAAAGAUAUUCAAUCUGGAAUAAAUGAUCCUUUGGUUGAUAUAACUUCCUUUGAGGACCAAACAUUAGAUGAAAAUUAUGGAAGUGGCUUAAGUAAAUCCGACAAAACUUCAGGGAAUAUUGUUCAUCAAAGUAUGAUCAAAAGAUUUAAUCAACAUAGUAUUAUGGUUUUGAAAGCUAGCACUACUAAACAAUCUACACAGAAUUCUCAACCACAGUUAAAUGGAUCAACGCCAUCUGUAAGCAAAGCUUCCACCAAUGAUCAACCAGAUAUCCAGCCAAAGAAUAAAAAGCUUAGGAUACAAGAGAAAUUAAUUUAUGAUGACCUCGAUGCUAGCUGUGACUCAAAUACAAAUAAUGGUGCGCCAUUAUGUUUAACACAUGUAGAUAGGUAUUUGCAUGGACCUGUGCCAGGAUAUGGAAUGACAGAAGCACCCUCAGAUGAACUUUUAAUGGCAGUAAAUCAAUUACAAAAAGAAGCAGCUUCUUGGAUUUCAGGAAAUGGUUUGCCAAGACAAGCUCCUACUUCAUUAGUUAGUCCAGCUGCAGCUGUAUCAGCUUUAGGAGAAUUGACACCCGGUGGAUCUCUUAUGAAAAGCUUUAGAGAAGAAAGUCUUGGACAGUUAAUACCAAAGGAUUUGGAAACAGAAUUACGUAACGUAUAUGUUUGUAUAUGUCAACUAUUAAGGCACUUUUGGAGAAGUUUUCCACCUACAACACCACAACUUGAGGAGAAAGCAAUUAGGAUGCAUGAAGCUUUACAUAGAUUUCAUUCGGUUAAACUUAAGCCAUUUGAAGAUCGUGUUCAAAGAGAAUUUUCUGCAAUUAGUCAACACUUAACCAGUCAUUUAAAUCAAUUAUUGAAUACUGCAUAUAGAAAAUUUGCACUAUGGCAACAACGUAAAAUGCAAAUGAGGUAGCCAUUCAUUAAUGUUCUAAAAUAAAUUACAACACACAAAUAAAA